AUGAUCUUUUGUUGGUUAGGUUCAGACUUUCCGUGCACCACCCACAUUAUCCCUGUGAAGAACGAAGAGGGCGUGGUCAUGAUGUUCAUCCUCAAUUUUGAUUACAUCCUGGAUGAGGGCAGCAGCGACUCGUUGGAGAGACUCAACCACUCCUCACCCAAAGCUGACCAACGAAAAGGGAGAUUCUUUCGCUUUCGUUUCCCAGCCUUACCUCUCCUGGGCAUCAGCAAGCAGUCCUUGCCCCAGGAGGACCCAGACGCCGUCAUGGUGGACUCUCCUCGCCACAGCGAUGGCUCGGUGGCUACCCGUGACUACCAACUUCCCACUACCCGCGAGAGCUGCAGUCCCUCCUACGCCAACGACACCCGCGCCCUCAUCGGCCCCAGCCACUGCUCCACCCCCGUGUCCGGGCCUUUGGAUCACUCGUCGCCCAAAGGCCCCUGGGACCGGAUAUACCCGGACCAGCACGUCACUCAGACCCAACGCCGGGGCCAAGAGGGUACACUAAUUACAGCUCCAUCAAUUCCAGGCCUCACUCCAACCGCCUCCAGGGAGAGUGUGAGCAGUAUCCGCAGAGCCUCCUCCGUGCAAGACAUGGAGGGCUUCGGGUCCAAGUCCAGGAUAGCAUUCAGGGACAGGCAUGCCAGUGAAGACAAUGGCCGCAAUAUCAAAGUAUCGCGCUCCUGGAUGGCUGGGGGUCCUCUCAGCCAGAUCAAAUCCAGCCUGCUGGGUUCGACCUCCGACUCCAACCUCAACAGGUACAGCACCAUCAAUAAGAUUCCGCUCAUCACCCUCAACUUCUCUGAAGCCAACAAUGAAAAGAAGUGCCCGUCUCCUCCAUCGUCCGAGAAGACCAUCAUUGCCCCGAAAGUCAAAGACCGCACGCACAAUGUCACAGACAAGGUCACGCAGGUUCUGUCUCUGGGUGCAGAUGUGCUGCCCGAGUACAAACUGCAGACGCCACGUAUAGAUAAGUGGACCAUCCUCCAUUACAGCCCCUUUAAAGCAGUAUGGGACUGGCUGAUCCUGCUGCUGGUCAUCUACACAGCUAUUUUCACACCCUACUCUGCUGCCUUCCUCCUCAAUGACAUAGAGGAGCAGAGGAGGCGGGAGUGUGGCUACUCCUGCUCUCCGCUCAACGUGGUGGACCUGAUUGUGGACAUUAUGUUCAUCGUGGACAUCCUUAUAAACUUCCGGACCACUUACGUCAACGCCAACGAGGAAGUGGUUAGCCACCCUGCUAAGAUUGCCAUCCACUACUUUAAAGGCUGGUUCCUCAUUGACAUGGUGGCAGCCAUCCCGUUUGACCUGCUCAUCUUUGGCUCAGGAUCGGAUGAGACCACUACCCUGAUCGGUUUGCUGAAGACGGCCCGCUUGCUGCGACUGGUUCGAGUGGCCCGGAAACUGGACCGCUACUCGGAGUACGGCGCUGCCGUCCUCAUGCUGCUCAUGUGCAUCUUCGCCCUAAUUGCCCACUGGUUGGCCUGCAUCUGGUACGCCAUUGGCAAUGUGGAGAAGCCUUACCUGGAGCAUAAGAUCGGUUGGCUGGACAAUCUAGGAGUAUCGAUAGGGAAAAAAUACAACUACAGUGACCCCAGCUCGGGCCCCUCCAUCAAAGAUAAGUACGUCACAGCGCUGUAUUUCACCUUCAGCAGUCUGACCAGCGUGGGCUUUGGGAACGUCUCCCCCAACACCAACUCAGAGAAGAUCUUUUCCAUCUGUGUAAUGCUGAUUGGAUCUCUGAUGUACGCCAGCAUCUUUGGGAAUGUUUCGGCCAUCAUCCAGAGGUUGUAUUCAGGUACGGCCAGGUAUCACCUCCAAAUGCUCCGGGUCAAAGAAUUCAUUCGAUUCCACCAGAUCCCUAACCCACUGAGGCAAAGGCUGGAGGAGUAUUUUCAGCACGCCUGGACGUACACCAACGGCAUCGACAUGAACAUGGUCCUAAAGGGUUUCCCGGAGUGUCUGCAGGCUGAUAUUUGCCUCCACCUGAACAAGAGCCUCCUCCAGGAGUGCAAGGCAUUCCGUGGAGCCACCAAGGGCUGCCUUAGGGCCCUGGCCAUGAGGUUCAAAACAACCCACGCCCCUCCCGGAGACACGCUCGUCCACAGCGGGGACGUACUCACAGCACUCUACUUUGUGUCCCGUGGUUCCAUCGAAAUCCUCAAAGAAGACAUUGUAGUGGCCAUCCUCGGUAAGAAUGACAUCUUUGGCGAGCUGAUCCACGUGUUCGCCAAACCGGGGAAGUCCUGCGCGGACGUGCGAGCACUGAGCUACUGUGACCUGCACACCAUUCAAAGGGAGGAGAUUCUGGAAGUGCUGGACAUGUAUCCAGAGUUUUCCGAUCACUUCCUGGCGAACCUGGAGCUGACCUUUGAUCUCAGAGAUGAAAACGCAAAGAUGACUUACCCGAAAGCGAGCGAUGUGGACGACAUCAAGAGCCGAAGGAGGAUUUCAUACCGGAGGAAGUCCUCAACAGGCUCCCACAGCAAAGCGGUGGCCACUUUCAGCAGCGCCCAGCAGGGCAGGCCUGCCUACGCCUCCUCCACUGCCGAAGAGAGAAGAGAAUCCGCCGAGGAGGCAGAGGAUGAGGAGGACGAGGAAGAGGAGGAAGGCAGGGAAGAGGAAGAGGAACAAAGGCCCUUGUGCUCUGGUGUGCUGGGUUACCCGGUGGUUAGAGACCACGCCUUGGGCCUGGGGCUGAGCAGCACUCCAGAGAUGCAGGCUGGAGACAGCACGCAAAGCCAAGAGUACAAAGAUCUCCAAGCUGAAAACUGGGUCCGUCAGCAUCCCGGCGGGGGUGCCGAAGAGCCGGCCCGCUGUCAGGAAGCGCCUGCGGCGGAGGAGGACAGCGACACGGACCUCACCUACGGAGAGGUGGAGCAGCGGCUGGACAUGCUGCAGCAGCACCUCAACAGACUGGAGUCCCAAAUGACAGCAGACAUCCAUGCCAUCCUGCAGCUCCUCCAGAGGCAGACUGUAGCCGGUCCCCCUGCAUACAGCGCCGUCACCUCCAGCCCUGAGUAUCAGGGCCCAGCCAUCAGGAUCCAGCCAGUGUCAGCCCUCCAAACAGAUCUCAGCCUGAAGCCUGCUCCACCUCAGCUGCAGGUCCAAGGCUCGGAGGGUUCUCCCAUCAAAUCCAAAGAAACUUCCCCAGUCCUCCUCUGCACAGAGACUCUCCCUGAAGGGGACUUUGCAGAACUGCUCGAGAGCGACGGCAACUCAGAGCAGAGACACACAGCUAACGGCGAGGGCUCAGCAGAGCAGCACAACCAACCAAUCCCGAGGUUCCCGUCAGGUCGACAAGCCUCUCUACCCGACGUCCCCAACAGCUCAGGGAUGUUGGGACUCCACAGGCCAGUGUCUGACCCUGGGCUUCCAGGAAAGUAG